AGUUAAUUACCUACAAAACAACAAAAGAAAAAGAGCAAAUUAGCUGAAUAUACUAAAAGAAGUGGGAUACCAUAGAUCUGAAUAUACUAAAAUAUCCUCCCUGGAUCUGGAUCCGGAUCAGGUCGCUGCUAUGGUAUAUGUCCUGGAGGAUUACGCAAGUUUGACCCCUUAUGAAAGAAGAAGAUAAUGGCCUUAGAAUCUCACUCUCAGAUUUUAGUGGAAGAGAAACCUAGUGUUAGAAUCUUGACACUAAACAGACCAAAGCAGCUGAAUGCUCUGUCUUUGAACAUGGUCACUCGGUUGCUGCAACUGUUUCUUGCAUAUGAGGUGGACCCUACUGUCAAACUUGUCAUCCUAAAGGGUCAGGGAAGAGCUUUUUGUGCCGGUGGUGAUGUUUCAGCUGUUGUUCGUGACAUCGGACUAGGCAAAUGGAGACGCAGUGCUGAUUUCAUGUCACUUGAAUAUACUCUCAACUACGUUAUGGCCACUUAUUGUAAAGCUCAGAUUUCAAUUUUAAAUGGUAUUGUCAUGGGAGGUGGAGCUGGUGUCUGCGUCCACGGUCGAUUUCGUAUUGCAACAGAGAACACGGUUUUUGCCAUGCCUGAGACAGCUCUAGGGCUAUUUCCAGAUGUAGGCGCCUCCUACUUAUUGUCAAGGCUCUCUGGAUUUUUUGGAGAGUAUGUUGGCCUCACAGGAGCUAGGUUAAAUGGUGCCGAAAUGCUUGCUUGUGGUCUUGCAACUCAUUUUGUGCCUUCAACGAGGUUAACUGCUUUACAAGCAGAUCUUUGCAAAGUUGGCUCAAGUGAUCCAGUUACCUUUGCCUCAACAAUUCUCGAUGCUUACACUCAACAUCCACAUCCGGAACGUCAGAGUGCUUUCUAUAGGUUAGAUGUUAUUGAUAAGUGCUUCUCCAGAAGAACAAUCGAAGAAAUUAUGUCUGCACUUGAGAGAGAGGCCACUCACAAACCAGAUGAUUGGAUCUCAGCUACCGUUGAAGCAUUGAAGAAAGCUUCACCAGCAAGCCUUAAAAUCACUCUUAGAUCGAUAAGAGAAGGACGACUGCAAGGUGUGGGGCAGUGUCUUAUCCGUGAGAAUAGAAUGGUGUCUCAUGUGAUGAAGGGAGAAAUAAGCAAAGAUUUUGUGGAGGGGUGUAGAGCAAUAUUGAUAGACAAAGAUAGGAAUCCAAAGUGGGAGCCAAGGAGACUGGAGGAUAUGAAGGAUAUCAUGGUAGAUAAGUACUUCAAGAGAGUGGAAGAAGAGGAUGGAUGGGAGGAUCUAAAGCUUCCUCCUAGGAAACACUUGCCUGCUUCAGCGAUCGCAAAGCUGUAAAGUUGACAAGGUUAUGGAGCUCAUCUUGCAUUGCGUGGAGGGAAGCAACCCUCCAAAUCCUUAAUUACUUCUAUGCUGCUAGCCAUGCUUGACACCCAAUAUACAAAUGCCUAUAUAUUGACUCAUCCAAUUCCAAAUGUCAUCGGUUUCGUAUUUU